AUGCGCCGUUAUCCCCCUGACUGCCCUCCUUUGAAAGUGAGAUGGUUCUAUGCCGUGGACUCACCCAAGAGGAAACCUUCCCCACUGGAGCAGAAAAAGGCAGACCAAAAACCUUUACCACCACCCAAGAAGUUUAUUCCUUUUCCAGGGAAAGAUUCACAGUCCAUUGAAGGCACGUUUCAAAAGCUGUCAGGCGUUGAAGAGGCUCGCCAGGGAAAUGAACCCGGGCCUGAGGAACCGGUCCUUUCCAAAGUUCCUGUAAACGAGGACUUCUUGUUCAACGUCGAUGUAGAACAACGAGAAUUGAGUCCUACCUAUUGGAUCGCCCCUGUUUAUGAAGUCCGUCGAGGAACCUGGUUUUUCCAGGAAGGAUCCAACCUCAAGCCAUGCGAAGAAAACCUGGCCACCCAGCUUGAAGAAGGUUUUAUCAAAAACUGCCCAUGGAGGAAUGACUCGUCCAAGUCUGGGUCAACAGACCAAGCCUCUAAACCAAGCGAAGACAAAUCUGGCCUGGUAAAGUCCGCACCAGGGGACUCCAGAGCCUCAGUCUCCGCCUCCUCAACUGCCAAUCAACCCCCCUCCUCCCGCGGUACAGGGAGUGAACCUCGGCAGCAUCGUCUAUUCGGUGCCUACAUGAACAGAAUUGUUGCCUAUCAAGAUGCCACAACUGCUUGGCUCAUGAAUGACGAUUUCAUGUCCCGAUUUAGCACUUCUGUCUAUCAAAAAUUAGGAGGCGAUCCAGGAACAAAAUUGAUUCGUGGGUAUGAGCCCAAAAAGCCCAAGGAGACCCCCGAAGGAAAAGGCGGCAAGCAAAGGCAACGGGAUAAUGCUACACCUGCGGCUGGUAUAAAAGAUACUCUGAAAGAAGAGCUGAAACCCUCCCCCCAACCCCCCACCAGCUCAACACAGCCGGAUAUGCUCGAAAGCCUAGAAAGACCAAGGUCUACAAUAGAACGACAGAUGUCGUCACUUGCAGGCGAGCUGCAGAAUCCAGCUGAACUUGAAGAGCAGGCUCGCAAACAGGAGGAGCAAGAGAUGGAGGAGUCGAGGGAGAUUGAAGGCGAGGACAGGGAACGUGAGGUGGAUCAUUUGAUCCUUGUCACCCAUGGAAUUGGCCAGCGGCUCGGACUGCGACUCGAAAGCAUCAACUUCAUACAUGAUGUCAAUGUGUUGCGGAAAACAUUGAAAACCGUCUAUAAAGGCUCCCCUGACCUUCAAGCAUUGAACUCGGCAUUUCCGGACAGCGAUAAAAACUGUCGUGUUCAAGUGUUACCUGUGUGUUGGAGACAUCUUCUUGACUUUCCUUACCGGGGAGUUCGGCAGAACAGGAAAGAGCUAGAUAUUACCGAAGCGGACUCUCUCGAGGAUCAGGCGUACCCAAGCCUGGCUGAUAUCACGCUAGAAAGUGUCCCCGCCGUGCGAAACCUCAUCUCAGACUUGGCCAUGGAUGUGCUUCUUUACCAGAGCGGGUAUUGCGAGCACAUCUCCAACAUUGUCACCCAAGAAAGCAAUAGGAUUCUCGACUUAUAUCGAAAACAAAACCCUUCGUUCAAAGGCUCAGUCAGUCUCAUCGGUCAUUCCUUGGGGAGUGCAAUCUUGUUUGACAUAUUGUGUCACCAACAUGGAAGCACGAAGCAUAGCAACUCUCACGGAAAGUCCCAAGAAAGUGAUGACUCGACAACCAAACAUGCAAAGACAAAUGCAUUCCAGUUUGAAUGCGAAGAGUUCUUUUGCCUCGGAUCUCCCAUUGCGCUGUUCCAAAUGCUCAAAGGAAAGACCAUUGGCGCACACUCCGCUCUCGAUCCUCGAAACCACAGAAACACUUUGAAAGGUGAAAUUGACCUGGACACGCUUGGGCCCGGGCCCGGACUGGACGACAAGCCUGCUAUCAUUUCGACCCCCAAGUGUCGGGACCUCUACAACAUCUUUCAUCCAUCUGACCCUGUGAGCUAUCGGGUUGAGCCUCUGAUAUCCCCAGCGAUGGCCAGCUUGAAACCUCAGCCUCUGCCCUCGGUGAAGAAAAGCCUCUGGACGACUUCGGGGCAAAGUCUGUCGAUUCUUGGCAGUCGUAUGGGCCAAAGCGUGGGAUCCAUGUGGACAAACUUUACCACCGGUGUGGCAAGCAGUUUGUUGAAUCGCAGUCUAGGGUUGACUAACGACGAGACUUUGGCCUCUCAUGCGACAGGCAAAGGGGACGAUUCAACCCAUAAAAGGACACAGUCCGGAUCGACCCAGAAUGGAUCAGAAACCGAUGAUCAUCAUCAGACUCUGAUUGAAUCUGAUCUAGAAACCCUCUAUGAUGGCUUUCAAAAAAGUCGGAGUAAUAAUCAUGGCGAAAGUCCCGACCCCGAAGCCGACACUGACCAGGAUCGGAAAUUGAAAUUCGAAGAUGCCAAAGUCCGUGCCAUGAAUGCGAAUGGGCGAGUGGACUAUAGCAUACAAGAGGGAGCAUUCGAUAUCUCGCUCAUUGCCAGCAUUGCUAGUCAUCUGACCUACUGGGGUGAUGAGGAUGUCAAUCACUUCAUGUUAUCUCAAGUUCUGUCUCGGAGACAUCGGCAUAGAAUCAAAAAAUAG